AUGAAAGAAAGCGAGGGCAAAGAAAAAGAAAUAACUAUUUCCUAUCAAGAUAUUCAUCCGGAUUUUACACCAGAACUACAAAAAGAAUGGGAAGAGAAAGGGUUUAACACAAAUUAUCCUAAAGAGCAAAGGAAAUCAAUAAAAAAAUUAGACAUUAGUAAAGAUGAAAGUACUCCCGAAGAAGAAAAACUAAUUGGCUCUUUAAAAUUAGAAGGAUUUGAUGAAUUGGAAGAAUUUUAUUCUGGAUUACAACCUGAUGAGGCUGCCUUUGCUAAGUUGAUGAAAGUUGAAGAUUAUAUUAAUCAAAAGUAUCCCACUUCUAAGGAUAAAUUUAAUUGUCAAACGUUAGAUAUUCAUGGUUAUCAUUGGCAACAUAAUCCGCAAGGAAUGAAGGAAAAGUUAACUGGCUCUUUGUCUUUGCGGGGAUUUGUUAAUUUAAAACAAUUAAAUUGCCCCUUUAAUCAGAUAAGUAAGAUAGAUUUAGAAUGCCUAGAAAUCAAUGAUACUGAUGUAGAUUCUGGCUUAGAGUAUUUAAGUGAUAAUGUUCAAACAAUUUGUUGUCAUUUUGGUUUUAGACCAGAAAGCAAAGUAAGAAAAAUUGCUGAACAACUAGGUGCAAGUGAUUUAUUUUUUUUUGAUGGCGAGUCGUAUAAUAAGAAAUCGGGAAAUAUCUAUCCAGAAGCAGUGGCGAAUAUUGGAGAUAUCACAAAAAUUGGUCAUGUGAGGAAUCCCUUUCCGGAUGAAUUGGUUAAUGAGCCAACUGCAAUACAAUGA